GUCCCCAGUCCUCUCCCUGUACUCUCUCUCUCUCUCUCUCAGUUUCUCCUUGUAUAUCGAAAAUGACGACCAGACCAAACGAGAGAAAGGGAGGAAACAACCAAAUAACGCCGGACGCCGUUCCGUACGGAUCCACAGGAUCGUGCGCGGCCGUGAAACUUCGCACUCCGCCGGCAGUGGACGGCCCAUACACGUCUCCCACUACUACGUCGUCGUCGUCCUCCUCCUCCUCCUCCUCCUCCUCGGCCUCUUCUUCCAGCGGCGUGGAGGGUAGGGGGAUGCGGCGGAUGGUGGCGGAGAACCCGGUGGUGGUCGUGGGGCGGAGGGGUUGCUGCAUGUGCCACGUGGCGAGGCGGCUGCUGCAGGGGCUGGGAGUCAACCCCGCUCUGUGCGAGCUGGGCGAGGAGGCGGCGGAGUUCGAGGUUGCCGGCGGAGAUCUCCGGCGGCCAGAUAUGCUCCCGGUGGUGUUCGUGGGGGGCAGGCUGCUGGGUGGGAUCGAUCGCCUCGUCGCCGUCCACAUCACCGGCGAGCUCGUGCCCAUCCUGAAGGAUGCCGGCGCUCUCUGGCUCUGAUCCUUUUUCUUUUUCUGCUUAGCAUAUAAAUUAGGAGAUAUGGUUCGAAAGGGUGAUUGAUUUGCUGUCAACCGUUUGAUUUUGCAUCAAUCGUCGCAAAACUUAUCCUUUGCAAAAUCAUGAAAACGGUAAAACAAAAACAAGAAAUUUGUCUUUGCACAUGCAAAUUAAAAAUGGUGUUUUUCUGUU